CUUGUCUUUUUUAGUUUAUGUAAGGAAUUGAAUAAAAUAAUAUAUGAUUAAUUUGCUUUUUGUUUUAUUUCACAGGGCUUUAUGUACUGAUAGGAGCUGGUGCAUUGAUGAUGCUGAUUGGCUUCUUUGGCUGCUGUGGAGCUGCCCGUGAAUCCCAGUGUUUGCUUGGGGCGUUUUUUGCCUGCUUACUUGUCAUUUUUGCUGCAGAAGUCACAGCAGGAGUAUUUGCAUUUUUGGGCAAACAACAGACAAUUACAGAUGCUCAGCAAUUAUACACUAAGGCCUAUGAAGACUAUAUAAGAAAAGGAGGAGGAAAUGAAACUCUGCAAGAUUUUCACACAUUUGCAAAAUGCUGUGGAAAUGAAGACCCCCAGAGUGCACAGCGUGUAAGCAGCUUGUGCUUAGAGGAGCAUAAAGAAUACAAGAACUGUUUGGAAGAGAUUGCAAAGGUGCUACAUCACAGUUUUCAAAUAGUUGGAAUUCUUGCGGUUGCCACAGCCGGAAUAACUAUCUUUGGUAUGAUCUUCAGUAUGGUCCUUUGUUGUGCCAUCCGCAAUUCAAGAGAUAUGCUGUGA